UCGAACGCCGUCGCAGUCGUUUUGUUACGCCGUGCGCGUUAACAUCGGUACAGUAAUUAUAAUAGUAAUAUUAUUCGUGUGAUUUUCGGUAAUAAUAAUUUAUAAUAUUCCGUUCGACGACGGUUUUUGUUAUUUUAUUUCCGUAUACCUAAUCGGAUAUCGUACACUGGUGCUGCGUCGACUUUUACAGUGCGCGUUGCUGUCGAGAACAUUUAAUGCAAAACCACACUUACGGUCGAAGAUUUAUUGUGCAUUUCAUUCAAACGUAAAUACCUAUACUGUCGGGUACAUAAUAUUAUAUCAAAAAUACUGUAAACAUAAAAGUUUGUAAAAAUGCCGCGGCCUAGUCGCGACUCAUACGGCGAUCAAAAACCACCGUACAGUUACAUAUCGUUGACGGCCAUGGCCAUAUGGAGUUCGCCUGAGAAAAUGCUUCCGCUAUCCGACAUCUACAAGUUCAUCAGCGACCAGUUUCCGUACUACAGACGGAACACGCAACGAUGGCAGAACUCGCUCCGGCACAACCUGUCGUUCAACGACUGUUUCGUGAAAAUCCCGCGGAUGCCGGACCGACCGGGCAAAGGCGCGUAUUGGGCUCUGCACCCGGCCGCCCUGGACAUGUUCGAAAACGGUUCGCUGUUACGACGCCGCAAACGGUUUAAGCUGGUCAAGUCCGACAAAGACAGAUUGGACAACGAACUGAUCGCUCUGGCCAAUAAUUUGGCGCACAUGCAGCGUAACCAUCCAUCCAURUCGGCGACCUCAUCGUCAUUGUCGUUGACGGCUGCUUCGUCGUCGGGCGCGUCGUCCGCGUCGUCUUCGUCGCCUUGUUCGUCAUCAGCUGGCAGCCCGCCGCCGCAGCUACAGCCACCGACGUCUCAACACGGUGCAGCGGCCGCUCCCUAUCACCUUCAGCUGCACUGCUACGAUGACAGCAGCAGCAACAGCCGUCACCGACGCCGCCGCAGCCGCAGCCGUAACAUUAUUGCGGCACAUGACCACUCGCACGUCAUCGGUGCCGUGGACGCGGUCACGGCUUGCACAACCAAGCCGGCCGUCAAAAGACCGUUUGACAUUGAAAGCCUAAUCGGACCCGAUCCGUUGUCGGCGACGUCUCACACCGCACCGUCRAAGCCGCUGGCCGCYGCGGACUACACAGACGAUGACGACGACGACGUAGACGACGACAUUUUACGAAGAUUCCCGUCCAUCGUGCCGGCCGCUUACCGGGCACCGUUGAUGAUGCCGUACGAUUUCCACCACGCAGCGGCCGCUGCAGCGAUAGCGUUUCAAGACCACCACCAACACCACAUGCACCAUAACCAGCUGCAACAGUUGCACCAUCACCACCAACAACAACUACAACAGCAACACUAUUUACGGUACGCCGCGGCGUCUUAUUUUCCGCACAACUAAUAUUUAAGUAUAAUUAAGGUAAAUGCGUUUCCCGUCUAUAUACAAUAUAUUUUUAGCCCAUAUAUAUAUAUAUUAUAUGUAGGUAAUAACAAUAUUAUAUUAUGUAUAGUCACGUGUUUGGUAAUAAAUCGAACUUUGACCGACCGCACUUUGGAUUCGUAUGUAGGUAUUAUACGUGUUGGAUAAGCGUGGCGCAGCGUUUGCGUUUUGCACGAUGAUGAUGAUGAUGAUGAUGAUUAGAAUAAUCUAAUAUAUCUACUCUCGUGUAGCGUGCACACUUUCGCGGCGACGAUUAUUCCACUCUUAUUAUACAAUAAUAUGUACCUAUAUACUCAAUACCCAUCGUAAUACGUAUAGAUUUUCCUAUGUACAUAUAUUCCUAGGUAGGACCUUAUCGUUGAGUAUACAUAUUAUUGUAUAUACUCAAUGGUAUUAUGUAUUAUAUACAUACUUACGCAAUGUACACGAUUCAAU